AAACUUGUAGCACAAAAACCUAAAACGACACUCUUUUUGGAACGGAGGGAGUACUGUAUAUUAUUAAAUGUCUAUAUAACCGUUCAAAAAAAAGCAGGUAAAACUUUCACGGACUGAUCUCAUGCAACACACCAGCUGAGGUGACCCACACACGAGAUGACGAGACAUGAGUACAUGACACAAUCCAUCGCUGGUUCGACCUGUUUUUCCUUCGAAACAAUCCCGAACCCUAAUUCGAAUGUGGAACUCAAAUUUCGGUUUCCCUCGCAUCCCGCCCACAUCCUCCACAGCCGCCGACGCAGCAGCCGAGCCGAGUCCCAAGCGGAGGAGAAUAGGAGAGGCCGCCGAUCCGCCGCCGGAGAUGAGGGAGGAGGCGCUGGAGCGGCUGCGCGGGGUGGUGCGGGACUGCGCCGGGAAGCACCUCUACAAGUCGGCCAUCUUCCUCGCCGACAAGGUGGCCACGGUCACGGGGGACCCUGGCGACAUCUACAUGCUCGCGCAGGCACUCUUCCUCGGCCGCCAAUUCCGCCGCGCGCUCCACCUCCUCAACAAUUCCCGCCUGCUCCGCGACCUCCGGUUCAGAUUCCUCGCCGCCAAGUGUCUCGAGGAGUUGAAAGAGUGGCAUCAGUGUUUGUUGAUGCUUGGGGAUGCGAAAGUGGAUGAGCAUGGAAAUGUCCUUGACCAGGAUGAUGGCAGUGAUUUUUAUUUUGAUAAGGAUGCUGAAGAUCGUGAGAUCAAUAUCAAAUCAGCUCUAUGUUUCUUACGUGGUAAGGCUUAUGAAGCACUGGACAACCGUGAUCUUGCUCGCCAAUGGUACAAGGCAGCUGUUAAAGCCGAUCCUCUGUGUUAUGAGGCUCUCGAAUGUCUUGUUGAUAAUUAUAUGUUGACAUGUGAGGAAGAAUCUGAGCUAUUGUCCUCUCUGCAAUUUGGGGAAGAAGAUGGGUGGCUAUCAACAUUCUACUCAUGUUUGAUCACGAAGCAUGAAAAAGAAGAUUUAGUUGAAGCAAAAUUCAAGAAGCUUGAACAAGAAGCUUGUAGUAUUUCGUCCUCGAGUUCUGGUGAAAGAAUGAAAAAUAACAUUGAUGUUUUGGCUUGCAAAGCUGAAUACCACCACCAGAGUGGAGAGUACCAAAAAUGUUUUCAACUCACAUCCUCGUUACUUGAGAGAGACCCUUUCCAUUUAAAGAGCACAUUAGUUCAUUUGGCAACUGCAUUGGAGCUUGGUCAUUCCAAUGAUCUUUAUCUUUUGGCAUGCAACUUAGUGAAGGAUUAUCCUCAAAAAGCUCUUUCAUGGUUUGCUGUCGGUUGCUAUUACUACUGUAUUAAGAAGUAUGAUCAAGCGCGAAGAUACUUCGGCAAAGCUACAGGUUUAGACGGGACGUUUCCUCCUGCUUGGAUUGGUACAGGCAUUGCCUAUGCUGCUCAAGAGGAGGGUGACCAAGCAAUGGCUGCAUUUCGGACGGCAGCUCGGUUAUUUCCUGGAUGUCAUCUGCCAACUUUAUACAUGGGCAUGCAAUAUGUGCGAAUGCACAAUUUCAAACUUGCAGAGCAGUUCUUCACACAAGCAAAAUCCAUCUGCCCAUCUGAUCCACUUAUUUACAAUGAGGCGGGGGUCGUUGCGUAUAAUAUGAAGGAGUACCGAAAGGCAGUUCAGUUGUUUGAGUUAACAUUGAAGCAUACUUCAUCCUCUCUGAAUGAAAUGUGGGAACCAACAUUGGUGAAUCUUGGGCAUGCACUUCGGAAACUCAAGGAAUAUCAGAAAGCAGUAUCAUAUUAUGAAAAGGCACUCACUUUACCAACCAAAAGUUUGAGUGUAUUUGCUGGUCUUGCUUAUACUUACCAUCUUAUGGAUGAUUUUGAGGCUGCCAUAAAUUAUUACCAUAAGGCUCUAUGGUUGAAACCAGACGACCAGUUUUGCACAGAGAUGCUAACAGAUGCUCUUGGGUCCAUCUGCCAAGCUCGUAGAAGAAUAGUUUAGGCCUAGUCGAGGUUUGCUAAUCGCAACAGGUGCUGUCACAUGCUUAGAUAAUUAUUUUCCAUUACACACAUAGUAGUAGCCAAUUAUAUGUAAAUUUGUUGUUGUACAAUAUGUAAUUGCUCAAGUUCAUUUCAGCCGCUUGAGGCUGAUCGCAGUGUAAAGCCAAAGUUUUUGACCUUUUAAUUUAUAUAUACUCUGAUUCCAUUAUGGCAAGCAAUUUUACUUUACUCUUA